CACGAUCCUGGAGAGGGCUUCUAUCAAGGGCUGCAACAUCACCCUCACCGUGGUACCACAUGCGGAACCCUGUCAUGCUUAAGAACUAGCAGAGGGUCCGAGCAAAGAUUGACCUGAGAUGAUGAUACUCCUUACUGCUUCUUGUAUCCCGUAAUUACGGAUUAUGAUGAAGACUAGCGGUUCAUUACACCCAGAGAAGAGUAUUCUGUAUGUCCAAUGACGAUUGAUGUCUUCCACAUGUUGGUAUUGGUUCAUUGUCAGAAACCAUCAGAGCUAUUGCUUCUUAUGACAUGGGCAACGAUCAUGCACCACCUUUCCGAUUUCGCAACGCGGCUUUGCUUCCGACUAAAUGAUCGACCCUCAGAGACCCAUCAUAUGCAGCAACGUUGAGGCUUUUUCUAUGGUUUUUGACCACGAGGCUCUCGGAUUCAGGCACAGACAAAGGAAAACCUUUUGAGCUUUUGAUGGGGACGAUCAAUAUAGUACCCAGUCACGAGCCACGCCUUAUAAUCGUCUUCAACAUUUCCACACGCACACUCACUGCAUCCACUGGUGCAUCUACCGAUACAGAAAAAAUGGUCUAGGCCAUUAUUGACUGCUGCAACAUACCUGAAUUUCCUCUUCUUUCUUUUCUGGUAUUGUCGAUGCCCCUUGAGACACCCUCUUCGGGUCAUCGAGGCUGGGCGCCACACAUCGCACUUUGCCUCCCGGCGUUUCCAGACGCCAGGCUGCCACACCCUGUAUGAGAGAAGCGGCAUGGCGUCGUGGAAAGGAUGUUGAAUGUUCCGGGUCCUUCUUCAUAUCUGUCGCUGAAGCCGCCACUAGAUUUCGGGGACUGUGCAAGCGGGUGCUGAUCUUGGCGGCGCUAUACCGGCUUCUACCAUUGUUCCAUCUACUAGACAUGUCAAAGUCUUGGUUGUUGCACCGAGACGAUUGAUGAGUUCCCUCAGCCUGGGCGCUGGAACUUCAUUCCAAUGAUGGGGCCAUGAUGAAUUAUGCCAUUACUUUGGGCAGUGAUCCAGAACCACGGAUGACUGCAUUUGGCAGAAGUGAGACGUCUGUCUUUCAGCUUGUCACUGCAGUUAAAAUUUGUUCCAAACGGUGAUAGCAUUAGAAAACAAGCUGCCGAACUUUGCAAAGUCCGUUCCUGGGCGUGGGACAUCUGGAGUGAGUAUAAGGGUCUGAAGGAAAGGGUGCAACAAUCGAUGCACGCUCAUGCGGGUGUGCCCAGAAGGCCAGAGGCUGGAGUUGGUGUGGGUGGGCUUCUCUUGGAGACUCAGCUCAUUGCUUUCGAUUGGAUAUCAGCUGGGCUAGCCUGCUCUCCUCCGUAGGUAGCCAUGAGUGUCAUCCCCAUCCCCAUUCUAUCUCCAUGGACUCCUUGCUAGCUAUGCCCCCAAAUUUCCAACCCCGGCGCAUGGAUCCAGUUGAUAUUGAUCGUAUCGGAUUCCUUGCAGUUCCAGAAAAAGAAAUCAGUCCUGCCAGCAGCUUGCCGGGCUUCUUUCUCUCCUCUCCUCCUGUCUUUCUCUCUGUCUUUUUCGAGACCUUCUAUCAACAGUACCUUGCAACUUUCCUAUCCUUACACAUAACCAUUGACUCGGGUUUAGCUAGAGCGUCUUUGCUCCCUACCUUUCGUGCAACCACUGUCACUACCGAUCAGCAGGUACAUUCCCGUCUGUUCUUUCACAGUGCAUAGAAGCUGUUUUCUGGCGCUCAGCACUUUACCUACUUCGACCGCCACUCGCCAAUCUUUUUUUUCGGCCCUGUCCUGAACUGAAAGCUCUCCCCGCUCGUUCCCACGUAGGUGUCAUUGCUAGCAGCAACCCUGACGAUUCGUCGGUUGCGCAUUACUGGACGGGACAGCUUCGACUCCAGGGUUGAACCAAACCUAACUAAGACUUGUUCAUUAAGACAGCCAAAUCGUUUGAUCAUCGCGGCAUCGCCGAGCUGUAUCGAACGCUAUCAAGAAUCUGUCCAGUGUUUCGUCUAUCUUGACGUCUCUGCGGUGGUUUUGCCCUUUGUCCGAGCAACCUAUCAUCUGGCCGAGGUGCCAAGAUAGACUCAGCGACAAAUCUCGCCUUCCCCCCCCCCCCCCCCGCCUUCUAGAAGGUGGACGUGAGCCCUGAAAAGGCCCCUAUGCGAGGCUGAUCAGCAGCAACUAUCCUAACCAGGGUGUCACCUAAAACCAACACUAACCUUAGUGACCGACCUCCCUAAAGCACUUGGCUUGGGGUUUGAGAAGCUUGUGGUCUUGGCCAGUCUAAUUCAACCAACGACCAAGAAGAACCUGGCGGGCCCAGCUGCAAAUCGCCGUUCUUGUCUGGGCUAUUACCACAUCCCAUUCUGUCGUUCGUUCGCCAGCCAGUCUUCUCCUGUCACCUUUCUCUUUUCCAAGCGAGGCGACACUGCGCAUUUCGCCUACCAACGCCGGGAAGCGCUUGAACAGACUUGAGCUGAGUUGAGCUGCGCUGCGCGACAUCAACCCACUGACUCGUUUCUGCGCCCUGAGAAUGAGGUAAGCUUUUUAAAGACUUCACUCUGCACAGUCCAUUCCGCGCCCAUUGAUCGCAUUGUAUCGCAUCACGUCGCAAGUGCCUGUCUCAUGCACAGUAUGGUACAUACAUAUCUCUUUAAAGACCGGCUUCGAUCCCGACUCCGCUACCACUCUCCAUCGCCUCCUCCCCCGUUGUCUCUCGGCUUGUGAUCCACAGUCUCGCAUCCGCGAUACCGUCUCUGUCUUCCCUUUACAAAGCUUUACCUUACCUCACCUCACCUUACUCUUUUCCUUUCCUGCGUUGUCGUCUCAAAGUUCAGCCGCUACACACCCUCAUUUCCUCACACCCCCAUCGGCCGGCCUUGUGUUCACCCUCCUACCUACUUCACUUUCCUUGCCUACAUCUACCUUAUGUACUCCAUCCUUUAACCACCCCGUUUCCUUCCGUCCUCGCUUGUCGUUCGCUUCUCCUUGCAUCUUCUGUUUCUUCAAGAGAUAGCAAGCACUGUCGACCCUGAUCCCGGCUCGUCUGUACAUACAUGACCCUUCUUGUCGACUAAUCAUCAUGGCUACAGCGCACAUGGCCGUCAGGACUGAGACCUUCCCACAUUCGAAUCCAAUUCCCCAUAGCGAGUCAAUGGGUGCUCGCAUUAUUCCUAUACCAACUCCCACGAUCAAGAUGUCUCCUCCAAGCAACGGCGAUCCCAUGGAGAUCACAUCACCUGCGCCAUCUUCUACUGGCAACAACAACUCCGAUUCCGAUGCCAACGGCAAAUCCAACGAUCGACCCAAGAACUCUCCCGCUCCCGAUUCCAACAAUGUCGCAAACAAUAAUGCCAACAAUUCCAAUAGCAUGCCUGCCCCCCCGCCGGCUGCUGCUGCUGUACACCAGCCUAAAAUCGUACAGACGGCCUUCAUUCAUAAGCUCUACAACAUGCUGGAAGAUCCCAACAUCCAACACUUGAUUUCAUGGUCUGCGAGCGCUGAAAGCUUCGUCAUGUCGCCCUCGGCCGACUUUUCAAAAGUUCUCUCCCAAUAUUUCAAACAUACCAAUAUCUCAUCAUUCGUGAGACAGCUGAACAUGUACGGUUUUCACAAGGAACGCGAUGUUUUUCACACUGGAAACCCUGAUACAACGCUCUGGGAAUUCAAGCAUGGCAACGGCAACUUCAAGCGUGGCGACCUAGUAGGUCUACGUGAGAUCAAGCGCCGAGCCAGUCGACAUGCUUUGGUGCACCGCGAGAGCAACUAUACCAAACCUGCAGCAUCCCAGCCAGGCACUCCAGCCGAGCCCGUACCUAUCCCGCCAGACAGUGCUGAUGCUCGACUACUCAAUAUUGAGCAUACGCUCUUCGACUUGAGCAAUCGCCUGCAGAGGAGCGAAGAGGCAGCUCAUUAUAUGCAUGUCAAGAGCCAAGCCGCAAUGGACACUGUGAAUCGACUUCUUCACUUCAAUCAGGAGCUUUCAAGAACUAUGCUGUCUCUUGUUCCGGCUGAGAGUCCCCUCUCUCGUGAAGUCAUUACUCUACAAGGCGAAAUGCAAAGGCAGGCUGAAGUACUUCGGACACUCGACGAACCACCGCAGGAGGCACCUUAUACUGGCCGACAACAGUAUUUUGCGAAUGUCGAGAACGCCCCAGUAUCACCCAGACAGCUUGCCCAGGACGACCAGAGACGAGGCCCUGCUCUAGGCGUACCCCCCGCACGCGGCCAGAACUUUUAUAAACCACCAGUUCCUUCCAACCUAUCUAGCAGCACUCGCAGGCCAUAUGGAUCCAUCAGCGGAAGCAGUACUACGCAGUCGUCCCCGUUGCGUACAGGACCGCCUCCGCCUCCUCCUGCUCCUCAUCCUCUAUCCAAUGUUGAGACUGUUCCUGGCCCCGGCAGUCUGGCCCGUCGUCACACUGCAGCCGACAUUCGAGCCCAUGGCUGGCAACCAGCCCCCUCUCCCUUCAGCACUGGCGCACCCUCUGGAGCAUGGCCCCCCUCGCCUAGCCGUGUAGCCCCAGAAGACCAACGGAUCAGAGACUCAUUCUCAACAUACUCGUUGCAAGCUGCGUCCCAAACACACCCUCACUCGCGCCCAACAACGCCUCCACCUCCAUUUGCAAAUGGCGCUGGCGGUGGCUCUGACACUUUUGGUGGUUGGUCAUGGGGAUCUGCUGGCCGUGAGAACAAGAACCUUGCCGUGAAAGAUCACUCAGGUCCCCCUACUCGCAGGGGGAGCAUGGCUCAUAUUCUCAACCCCAGUGACACUGCCGAGCGGUCAGACGAGGAUGAGGACCCCCGAGGUGACGACGACAGGAAGCGAAAGCGAAUGCAGUAAAUCACACGUUUAACCCUGAUUUUACUGUGGAACAUUGAAACCCAAACUAUGGAUGACCAACUUUCAACACAUCAUAUAUAUGUACAUACGCAUACACGGGCUCUGUACAUGGAUACUUACUUUCCCUUCAUCGGCAUUACAUUAGGCCAUAAACAUACUUGGAUUUUGAUGGCGAAGAGACGCCUAUUUGGAGUAUAGGACAUCGGAUAGCUGGCUAGAAUACGGUCACGGAGGCUUUCUUCAUUACGAGCGCAAAGCAUAGCAGGAUACCAUGGCGGGCAUUUUGUUUAAUCCCAUGGAAAUCAUUAGUCCUCGCCAAAAGGAAGGGGGCAGAUUUCGGCACACCUAAGAGAUGGAAGUUGUAUUCUUGGGAGGAGUUGCAUGGUUGGUGCAUGUAUAUACCAUCAGAAGACAAUACUAUUCUAAGCAAGUUAAAUUUGAUCUUGUGGUCUUCCUUUUCUGCGAUA